GACCGUGAGUGGGAUGUCCUUGUGCGUGUGUGUGUGAGUGAGAGUGUGUGUAUGAGGAAGAAGUUAAGAGACCACCGUCCUGGAGAAAGGAGAGUGAGAAGUCAGUCAAUGCGCGUUUGGAAAGCAGAGCUGUCCCGGGAUAAAGACGCAGAGCUCUCCAGACAAAGGACGACUUCUCCUGCCGGCGUCCUGAGAGAAACCUCCGCGCUCCGACUUAUCGUCGCUCUUCAGAUGACACCAUGGCUGAGGGAAGCUGCUUUGGUGCGUUGUAGGCGUUUGGGAUGACCAGAGCUGAACCUUUCCUUCAAAGAGGUAGAGGGGGGAAAGCAAAGGAGAAAGAAUCGGAGGAGGGAAAACAUCUGCUCAGACAGGAUAAGAUCAGCAGCCCAUCUGGAUCUGAACAAGGAACCAACUGGACCUUUCUCUUUGUAAGGAAAGGAAUUUAAGCUCCCCAAUACCAGAGCCCCGUCACUUGGAGGAGCCUUAACAGACUUUGGGGGGUUUUUUUUGCUUGUUUGUUACCGUUUCAGAAAGAGUUAACGCCAUGUGCCAUGUCAUUGUAACGUGCCGCUCCAUGCUCUGGACACUGCUCAGCAUUUUGGUGGCUUUUGCUGAGCUCAUUGCCUUCAUGAGCCCUGAUUGGUUGCUGGGAUUCCCCCGGUCAGACUCCAGCGUGAGCGGGGCGGGAGUGGACUCCGGAGAGUACCGGCCGUCGCUUGGCCUCUACAGCCGCUGCCUUCGCGUCGGGACCCGGGGAGUAGGGGUGAGCUGCGGGCCCUACGCCGGGACAUUCGGAGAAGUGGCCAGUGGCUUCUGGAAGGCCGCCAUGUUGUUUCUGGCGGCUGGGACGUUAGUGCUUGGCUGCGUGGCCUGCAUCUCCAUCUUCAGCCUGUGUUUCCAGAGCAUCCUGAAGAAGAGCAUAUUCAACAUCUGUGGGCUGCUGCAGGCGAUCGCAGGCCUGCUGCUGAUGGUGGGCCUCAUGCUGUACCCCGCCGGUUGGGGUUCAGAGAAGGUGAUCAGUUACUGCGGCCCCGAGGCUUCGCCCUUCAGGCCCGCGCUGUGUUCACUCGGCUGGGCGUUCUACGCGGCGAUAGGGGGAACGCUGGCAGCCUUCCUGUGCGCCGUGUUGUCCGCGCAGGCUGAGAUCGCCACCUCCAGCGACAAGGUUCAGGAGGAGAUCGAGGAGGGGAAGAGUCUGAUAUGCCUGCUCUGAGCCUUCGGCAGCAUCGGGACAUCGUCCAUCGGUGUGAUCUAGAGUGAUGUUCUUCGUGAUAGCCUGAAUAAAACUAGCUGAUUGUUGAAAACAAACAAGGUUUGGUAACGGCUUUUUGAAAUAGUGUGGCCUGGUGUUGCCGAAGCCUACCUGAUGCUAAGAACAUAACCCAUACACUUAUUCAGUUUUUUCUUUUCCUUUCCUUUUUCAUUCCUUUUAAAAAAAAAAUUUUUUUUUAACCAAAAUACUGUUUAUUUUUGUAAUAAUUCUUCCCUUAAACAAACCACUGUACUAGAAUAGCAGGAGAUAUGUGUUAUUGUUGUGGACAGAUUAAACGCUGCCAGUAAAACAGUGUGUAGGAUUGUAAAGUCAUUACAAUGUUCAUUUACACGGUUCACCUGCAAAACCUCAACAAACCACUGAACACUAGCAGAUGUGCCCGCUGAAACGCCCAACAGCGCGUGUGUGUGUGUGUGUGUGUGUGUGUGUGUGUGUGUGUGUGUGUGUGUGUGUGUGUGUGUGUGUGUGAGAGACUUUAACUGUUGAGGUUUUAAUGCCCACAUGCUCUGAUUCUGUGGCACGGCAGGACAGUGGGAUUCUCUCGCUAGACAUGUCACUUGAGGGAUUGUUCACUUCAAAGAAACUUCCUCCAGUCAAAUGGAUUUUUUUUUCCCUGGAUCUUUUGCAGCUUAAUAACUGACAGAGUGUGUGCAUAGGAAAAAAAAGAGAAAAGAACAGAGACUUGCCAUAUGUUUCGCCGUGUCGAGCUUCCAUGGGGGCGGCUGGUUUGCUCACAGCGAGAUAAAGCCGACUGCACCGCAUCUUAUCAGGAGCUGAAGAGAACCAUGCACAUGAGAUCUGGCUUUGGAAAGUGAUCCAAGACAUAAAACAGUAGGUGGAAUUUCAAAAGGCCUCUGUUGAGCCUUUGGCAGACAAAGGCAAAAACUCCCAAUGGAUCACGGGAGCUGCCACGUCAGUGUGCUGUGGACUGAUUAGGGCAGAUCUUAGUUUCUUAGUAUCUGAUGUUGUUUUUUUUGCACUUGGCCCUGCAUUCAUUUCACAUCGCUACAUAAGUCGCUGUAAAUGUAAUAUGGUUCAUAUGAUGCUGUGCUUUUAUUCAUCGUAGAUGAGAUGUGCAAUAAUUGAACGGUGGUUUGCUUUGCUGUGGAGAGUCGAGUGGACCGAGAGACGAAAUCGUGCCGUGGAUUUGUAUCGAGGAGUGUUUCUCAUCUCGUCUGUGUUUAAAUUAGUGUUGACCGUCCGCUGUUUUUGUUACAUUAACAAAAGGGUAACGGCAUCUGUGGCACGUUUGUGUGAUGCUACUUGUAUGCAAGGUUGAUAUGUGUGAAUAGAGAUACAGUCUGUACUUAAAUAAACCAGGCCUCCUUUAGUGAA